AUGACGGCGGCCGUGUUCUUCGGCUGCGCCUUCAUUGCCUUCGGGCCUGCGCUCGCCCUCUAUAUCUUCACCAUCUCCACCGAGCCGUUACGCAUCAUCUUUCUCAUCGUUGGAGCUUUCUUCUGGUUGGUGUCUCUGCUGUUUUCUUCCCUCAUUUGGUUCAUGACAACAACCUUUAUUGAUAACAAAGAUGAACCAAGAGAGAAAUAUCUGCUGAUUUUUGGAGUGUUAAUCUCAGUCCUUAUCCAAGAAAUGUUCCGGUUUGCAUAUUAUAAACUUUUAAAGAAAGCCAGUGAGGGUUUGAAGACUAUAAACCCAUAUGAGGAAGCACCCUCUAUGAGAUUGCUGGCUUAUGUUUCUGGCCUGGGCUUUGGAAUCAUGAGUGGCAUAUUUUCCUUUGUAAAUACCCUCUCUGACUCCUUGGGACCAGGCACCGUGGGCAUUCAUGGAGACCCUCCCCAGUUCUUCCUAAAUUCAGCUUUCAUGACACUGGUGAUCACACUGCUGCACGUGUUCUGGGGCAUCGUGUUUUUUGAUGGCUGUGCGAAGAAGAAGUGGUACACCCUUCUUGUAGUUGUUCUCUCCCAUCUGCUGGUGUCAGCCCUGACCUUCAUCAGUCCUCAUUAUGGAUUAAAUCUGGUGUUGGUAUAUAUCAUCAUGGUGCUCACAGGUGUCUGGGCCUUCUUUGUUUCUGGAGGCAGCUGCCGAAGCCUGAAACUCUGCCUGCUCUGCCAAGACAAGGACUUCCUCCUCUUCAACCAGCGUGCCAGAUAA